GCAGUUGCAGUGUCGCAGAAUGGCUGACCUCAGUCUUGCAGAUGCACUAACAGAGCCAUCUCCAGAAAUUGAGGAAGAGAUAAAGCGGGACUUUAUUGCCACGCUGGAGGCAGAGCCCUAUGAUGAUGUUGUGGGAGAAACUGUUGGAAAAACAGACUAUAUUCCUCUCAUGGAUGUUGAUGAGAAAACAGGAAACUCAGAGUCAAAGAAGAAAACAUGCUCAAAUACUAGCCAAGUUGAAGGUUCUCCAUCUUCUAAGCCAACAGUGCUAGCCAACGGUGAUCAUGGAAUAGAAGGGAAUGAUACUACAGGAUCUUCAACUGAAUUCCUUGAAGAGAAAAUGGGCUACCAGGAAUAUCAGAACAGCCAGAACUGGCCUGAAGAUACAAAUUUUUGUUUCGAGCCUGAGCAAAUGGUGAAUCCUGUCCAGAACGAUCCCUUCAAGAUGCACCAUGAUGAUGGCCUGGCAGAUUUGCUGUUUCUCUCUAGUGGAGCAGCCAAAGCUUCAGCAUUUACAGGACAAAAUGACCCUCUGAAAGAUAGUUAUGGUCUGUCUCUCUGUGAUACAUUGGCUCCUGAAACUGUUGCACCUGAACGGUGGUCUGUAGACGCCCCAAAUACUCCACACUCAGAAUCCCUCAUUUCCUCAGAGGACAUUAUAGAACCCCUGCAGGCAGCAGAGCAAGUUGAGGAAAUAGAAAUAAUAUCAGCAGAAGAGAGGCCACCAACAAAAUCACUGGAAAUAGGAUUGGGACUGAAGAGUACUGACGUGGCACCAGCCACAGAAGCAGAAAUGACAUUGGCUAAAGAUAUGGAACCACCCACCUUAUCUGAAAUGUCCUUAGCCAAGGACAUGGCACCAAUCAUAGAAUCAGAGAUGGCAUUGGCUAAAGAUAUGGAACCACCCACCAAAUCAGAAGUGGCACUCUCUCAGGACAUGGCACCAACCACAGAAUCAGAGAUGGUAUUGACUAAAGAUACAGAACCACUCACCAAAUCAGAAGUGGCAUUGGCCCAGGACUGGACACCAGUCACAGAAUCAGAGAUGUCAUUUUCUAAAGAUACGGAACCAUCCACCAAAUCAGAAGUGACACUGGCACAACCAUCCAAUGAACCAGAUAUGGUCUUCUCCAAGGACAUGGUACUACCCAACGAAACAGAGGGGACCCAAGUUAAAGAUGUUGUGUUACCCAGUGAAAUAGAGGUCACCCCAGCAAAGGAUGCGACGCUAUUCAAAGAAACACAGAGGACACCAUCUAUUGAAAUGGACUUGGACCCACCAGAGGGCGUGGUGCCAUCCAAAGAAAGAGAGAUAGUCCCAGAAGUAGAGAUGGCACUGAAGAAGGACAUUGUAUCAUCCACAGAAAUACCCUCAACCAAGGAGAUGACCUUGUCUGGGGAUGUGACACCACCCCCAGAAACCAAGGUGAUCUUAAUGAAAGAUACAGAACUUCCCCUGGAAAAAGAGGUAGCCCCAGUCAAGGACAUGGCUCCAACCCCAGAAGAAACAGGAAUGGCCCUAAUCAAGGAUGUGACAAUGCCUCCAGAAACAGGGGUGACACAAGUCACAGCUCUGACUCCAUCCGCAGGAAAAGAGGAAGCCCCAGUCAAAGAUGUAACUCUAAUUCCAGAAACAGAAGUGGCUGUGUCUAAAGGCCUUACUGCACCCCCAGAAGCAGAGAUAGCCCUGUCUAAGGAUGUGGCUCUUUCCUCUGGAAAAGAGGUGACCCUAGUCAACAAUGUGACUCCUCCCAAUGAUGUUGCACCACUCUCAGAAAUAGAGGUGGCACCAGUUCCAGUUAAAGACAUGGAAAUUACAAAGACACAGGAAGGAAUGAGCGAGGAUUCCCAGUUAGAACCUCUCCAGCAUGUGGGGCAAUCAACUGUGCCCGCUUCUGUGAUUGCACCAGAACUAGUCAUACCUGUGGGCCAGAAGUACAGCUUGCCAACAGAUGGAGAAUCUGUGUUAGAGAAACUAGAGCAGAAGAAACCAUUCAGCAGUCAGCCUUCUGAACUUUCUCCAGAGACCUCAGGUACCCCUGCCACACAAGCCAAACAAGUUUGCAGACCCAGUGCGCGCAGGUCUACCCGGCCCAAGCCUGCCAGGCUCCUGCCCGAGCUGCUGGGAGGCUCUCCUCCCCAGAAGACUCUUGAUCCCAGGCUGGGCCCCUGCCCUGUGUCUGAGUCGGGUUGGGUCUCCAGCUCAUCUUCCAGUGGUGAGCCUGGGAACCAAAGGAGAAGUGUUCACGUUGACUUCCUUGAACCCCAGAGGGAUCCUGGCAGGGAAUCCUGGGAUAUGGAAAGCACUGCAGUGAUGAUGAAGAAAAAGAAGAAGAAAUCAAAGCAAAAGAGAUACUGUCAGCCCCGGACUGGAGGGUCUUGGGAUGAUGACAAUGCAGAUGAGCCUCAAAAUCUUCGCUUUGCAGCUGACCCACGAAAAUCUGCUGUUCUCCCCAGCCAGUCUGUCACUAUGGGCGCAGAAUGCAGACUUGUAUCCAAAGAAAACUUGGAAAGUGUAGCUGACUCCAGAGCAACCAAACUGGUACCCGAGAACUUUGUCUCAGAGGGUCUCCAAAUUCCCUUAUGUCCUUCCGAAGAACCUCCAAAAACUUCAGUAAACUCUCAGGCAAAGUUGGAAGUAGAAGAUGAGGGCAAAUGUAACAAGUCUGUCCUGCAGAGCCAAGACAAUAAAUCGCUGCAGCAAGAAGCACCCAGACCACAGCCUGCACCCCACCUGAGGGGCUCUGUGAAUGAAAGCCCUCUCCAUCUGAAAGGAUCCCCAACAGAAUUUUCUGCACCCAAAGUAGAAACUCUUUUAGAGGUCAUACCCAAAGAAGGUGGUUCUCCAAUCUUGGACCAAGAAAUUAUAGUUGGAGUUUCAAAACUCACAGCAGCAAAAGAACUGCCUAAUUCGAUGCCUACUUUGACAACAAGUAAUCAGUUAGAAAGCAGUGUAAAGGAAGGGAAUGAUGAAAGUAAAGUGACUACACUGAAGAAUGUCAAACAAAAAGAAUUUCCUGAAGGAGCGGAGGAGGUUAAAGGACUAAAAAAGAAAGCAUUUCCCAAGCGAAGAGAGGAGAUCAGCAUCUUUGCAUCUGAGCAGCUGCAGGGCCAGGUGUUUGUUCAGGGCUCUGGGCUAGGGAAUGAGCCAUUUAAGAGAGUUUUAGGUGAUGGCAAAAGCAGGAAAGGCAGGACAGGGUCAGGAAAAAUGAAAGCAAAUUCAGGGAAGUUAAGAGAGAAACCUGAGCAGGCAUUGUUUCUGGACAGCCAGAAGGAUGGCAGGGCUGUUGUUGCGCCAACCGAGCCAAUUCCUAAAACUGAAGGAGUGACUGCCAGGGAUACAAGUGAGGAGCUGGGCCUGGACCCUUCAAAGCAGACUGGGGCCAGGACUGAUGCCACUGAGACAGUGGUGAUGAGGGAGCAUGAGGAAGCUACUGACCCGAGGGUAGCAGACAUACUGCAGGCAUUGAAUUCUUUGGAAAAUGGAUCCAGCAUGACUGAAGUUUCUGGUUCUGGGACAGAAAAAGGAGCUAUAGAUAAAGAUAUGGGUGUUAGUAACCAGGGCAGAGAAGGAAAGUGUCCUUGGAUGGAUCAUGAGGCACUUUCCUGCAUUUCUGAAAAGCCUAAGAAGAGAGGUCAUGAGGGCAAAGCCAAAAAGUUUAAAACUGAUUAUUCCCUACAGCCUGGUAGAAAGGAAAGCAGGGAAGAUAACCUCAACCCUCUGGUAGUGGAAGAUAGAGAUGCCACUGAUGGUGUUCCCCAUAAAAACAAGGAAUUAAACCCCAUUUUCCCCAAAAUGCAUGAUCCUUUUUUCUCACAUACACCAUUGGUUGACAGCAUGGGCAGAAAUAUUGAGGUUAAUUAUGCUGAGCUUGGGAUUCUUGAGGGGAACAAAACAAAAACAAUCAAGGAUUCUGCUAUUACUGAACCAGCUGCCAAGGUGACAGAUGUGAGCUGCCAAGGGCAAAUCCAAGGGGCAGGAUUUGUUCUUUCAGCACUGUCUGAGGAGAAUAAAACAGAUGCAGCCAAAGGACACAUUGCAGUGGCUGACAAACCAAAUAAAAGUAGUAGUGGUGGAAAAAGUAAAAAGGUUAAAAAUAGUUUUCCUGAGAAGCACAUUCUGGAGAAUAAGAUAGAUGUAGCAGAAAUACAUGUUCCCAUGGAAACCGCAGAGGACCACAGAAUUGAAGGAAUGGGCUACGUAGACGAAAAUAGAAAUAUUACAUUUACCUGUCCCAGAACACCAUCAGGGCUAAUGGAUAAGUCAGUGUCUCUAGAAGCUGUAGAAUCAGCAGCCUGUGAAAAACUUCCCAUUCCUAUUCCUCAAGCUGUGAAAGAAGGUGGUUCCUUUCUAGACACCUCAGGAAAAAGUGGGCAAGCGAUAACCCCAGCCCAGGUUUCCAAAUUGUUAGCAGUAGAUGAGUCUAACAAAGAUGGAGUCCCAGGUCCAGAAAAGCCCAAGAUUCCCUCUGCUGUUAAACCUCCUGCAAGCACAGGAGGACUUGCCCUGACUUCUACUGCAACUGUGGAAACAGUUAAUAGUCAUGGAGACCAUUGUCUUAAGGAUAAAGGUGAACUUGCUGAUCCCAUAAAAAAUGAAGCACGGGUAGGUAUAGGGCAUGUGGGAGGAGAAUCUGGGUCAUUGCACACUGAUGCAUCUCAGCAUUCAGUGGAGAAAGUCACAGAGAAAGCAAAAGGGCACCUUCUUCCUGGAAUUCCAGAGGACCAGAGCCUGCCAGGAAAGGUCAGAGUCCCAGAAGCAUAUGCAGAUAGGGUUAAUUUCCCCACAUAUCCAGUAAGCAAAGAGGAGACUGAGGAAGCUCCUGCUCCAGUUCAAACUGCUGAGUUACUGGGAGACAAUGGACACAAACUCAGCAUUUGUGAGGGCCCAAAUGCUGAAGAUAAAGAUUCCAAGGGCGCAGAUAGUUUGAAUAAAGAGGUAGAUGUGACUCUUUCACCUCCAAAAAGUGAAAAGGAUCAAUUAGAAGAAAUUAGUCUGGCUUGUGAAAUCACAGAAUUGGAAUGUGUUUCUUUGCCGACACCAGAGCUUCCAUCAGGUAUUUUCCAUGGUAAAAGUGCAGCUCCGCCAGGAGUGGCGGAUGUAUUAGAAAUGACUGCUUCCAAGGGUUUUCAACUCCCAGAACUCAAAGAAAAGAUCCUGGAGUCAUCGCAGAACAUGGCAGAAAAUUUUGAACCAAAGACAUUGGGUGAAAGAAAGAAGGAAGAUAAAAGAAAGGCAGAACCCUUGAAAGGCUACAUGAGGCCUACCAAGUCCCGAGGACUUACUCCUGUUUUGCCAAAGCCUGCAGUCCAGGAACUAGAGAAAUCCAAGCAGCUGAAAUCCAGUGGAAUAACCCGACCAGACGAAGGACGGACUGCUGUGAGUGUGACCGGAAAUGACAUCACCACCCCACCAAGCAAGGAGCUCCCACCAAGCCCAGAGAAGAAGGCAAAGCCUUUGGCCACCACUCAACCUGCAAAGACUUCAACAUCGAAAGCCAAAACACAGCCCACUUCUCUCCCUAAGCAGCCAGCUCCCACCACCACUGGUGGGACGAAUAAAAAACCCAUGAGCCUUGCUUCAGGCUUAGUACCAGCUGCCCCACCCAAACGCCCUGCUGCCACCACUGCCAGGCCUUCCAUCUUACCUGCAAGAGACGUGAAGCCGAAGUCCACUGCAGAGGCAAAGACUGCUGAGAAGCGGACAUCCCCAACCAAACCGGCCUCUGCCCCAGCCCAGAGACCUGGAUCCAAGAGCACCCAGACUGUUCCAAAAACCACAACACCUGCCACUCCUGCUUCAGCUGGGCAAAGCACUAAGAGCCCCCCAGCACCUCUGCCUAAGAGGCCCACUACCAUCAAGACUGAGGGGAAAACUGUAGACGUCAGGAAGAUGACUGCAAAGUCUGCACCAGCGGACUUGAGUCGUUCUAAGAGCACCUCCACCAGUUCUGUGAAGAAAAGUACCACUCUCACUGGAGCACCCCCAGCAGGAAUGGCUCCCACUCGAGUCAAGACCAUCCCCACAGCACCCCGGCCUUCCGUGACUCCUUCUCUUGACAAGAAGCCCACCUCUGCCAAGCCCAGCUCCUCUGCCCCUAGGCUGAGCCGCCUGUCCACUACUGCUUCUGCCCCCGAUCUGAAGAAUGUCCGCUCCAAGGUGGGCUCCACGGAAAAUAUCAAGCAUCAGCCUGGAGGAGGCCGGGCCAAAGUAGAGAAAAAAACAGAGGCAGCUGCUACGGCUCGAAAGCCUGAACCCAGUGCAGUCACUAAAGCAGCCGGCCCAAUUGCGAGUGCACAGAAACCGCCUGCUGGGAAAGUCCAGAUAGUCUCGAAAAAAGUGAGCUACAGCCAUAUUCAGUCCAAGUGUGGUUCCAAGGACAAUAUUAAGCAUGUCCCUGGAGGUGGUAAUGUUCAGAUUCAGAACAAGAAAGUAGACAUCUCUAAGGUCUCCUCCAAGUGUGGGUCCAAGGCUAACAUUAAGCACAAGCCUGGUGGAGGAGAUGUCAAGAUUGAAAGUCAGAAGCUGAACUUCAAGGAGAAGGCCCAGGCAAAGGUGGGAUCCCUCGAUAAUGUGGGCCACCUGCCUGCGGGAGGCGCUGUGAAGAUUGAGACCUACAGGCUGACGUUCCGGGCAAACGCCAGGGCCCGCACCGACCAUGGGGCCGACAUUGUCUCCCGCCCUCCCCACUUCCCUGGCGGCCCCAGCUCGGGCUCCCGGGCUCUUGGUCCCCUUUCCCGGGCUGUCCACUAGACCUAGGAGCGCUUGGGUGCCGAGCCGCCCUUCAGGCCCCCUUCCCUCCUGCCACGCUUGCCCAGGGCAGCAGCAGCAGCAGCAGCAGCAGCAGCAGCCCCCACCCCCCAUAGCUCCCUCCACUCUGCCCCAGGCCACUCCCUGCUCUGCUCCCACACCGUCGCCAUCACCUUGCCACUGCUCCGUGGAGAUUGGGAGGGGUUUGGAGGGUGGAGCUAAGUUGGCAUUUAAGGGGACUGGGGGGAGGGGGCGCAGAUUCCAGCCUCCUCUGUUUGGUUAUUUUUGGACCAAACCCUGAAGAAACUGACAUACCCCCUGCUCCCUGGGUCCACCUGGAGGAAGAGUGGAGGUGGAGUCCGUGUGACGGUCAAGUGCCGACUAUGUCCCCUGGAGCCCAGCAUGGCACGCGCUGCCCUGCCCCAGGUUAGGGCAGUGCUGCCUGUCCCCACUGCUUACUGUGCCUGCCCAGCUGCUCCCACGCAUUCUCUAGUUUUAUUUUUCUUCUAAUAACCUAGAAACUGGUGGAGUAGUUUUGCAGGUUGAAGCCAUGUCUCUGAAAGUCCUCAGCAGGUGUAGAAGGAAAUGGGGGAAGGUCCUUAAGCCUCCACCCAGGAGGAUGUCGGGCAUCGGUGGGUGGGGGGUGGGCUGCCCUGCUGUGGGCAGCCUGGCAGCCCGGAGGUGUAUGGGCAGGAAAGCAAGGUGUGCAGGGGCUGCGGCCUGAUGAACCAGUCAGGCACGUGAGGGGCCGCUCAGUGUGGCCUGGUCGUGGUGGCAUUGUGUGUUUGCUGCUUUUCUAACCAAGAGGCUGGUUGGCAUCUCUGUCUCAUUCCCUGGGAUGUGGAACACAGGGCAGGGCUGCAGGAACAGGAAAGGGCCUUACUGCUCACGUUCCUCUAGCAGGCCUUGGGUGCUCAGGCCUUCUUUGUCCAGAACUUGUGUGACAGUGGGGAGUCAGGUCUGAGACUGAGGCCAUCCCACCUGCAGGCAGACUGGAGAGGCGGCCAAGCCAGCCUGUCUGGGGCAUCUCAGCAGGGCCCAGUCUACAGUCAAGGGGUAGCUGCAAUGCUGAGAAAUCCCAGGAAAUGUAUUGACACAGAUUCUUAUCUUAUUGCACUUGUAUUUUUUGUAUUAAAGUUUGCAUGGUUUCUAAUAAAGGAUUAAAACCGGAAUUUGCAGUGAAGUGGCCUGGGAGUUCCAAAGGACUUCUCUGGAGGGCACCUUCUGCAGUGCUCCCUUGCCCCAAGUGCCCCCACCUCCUGCUCUCCUUUGGGUCUCCAGCUGUCUCUGCCCCUGGCAUCCCCUGCAGCUGGAAGCGGAGGUUUUCACGCAGGUUCAGGUUUGCUCUUCAUGUGGCACGAGGGCAUCCCUAUGCCUUACAGCUCCCUCGUAUUUUGAGGCAGCAGUUUGUUUGCCUGGGGCAGUUUGAGACCAGCGCCCCAAGUACAAGCCAAGAAACCACAGUGACCUGGGGGAACCCCACUUCCCUCCCAGUCUGCAGGAUGCUUCAUCGUGCCUGGACCUUAAAGCUCCAAUGUUUGGUCAACAGGAGGAAGAGGAGUGAUCAAACUGGGGAGGGGGCACAGGAGUGAGGCUGAUUCCAAAGGUUCCUGCUGUUAUCCUGGAGCCACAAGGAUGCUGUUUCCUUUGGCCAAGAGUUUGAAAGAAUGGGGUGACCCAAGUAGAGAGCUCUUCUUAGAGGUUCACUGGUCACAGCUUCCUUGGAGGAUCCCAAAAAGGCAGAGAGCCUGAGGUGGCUGGCCUGACAGGUGGGGACCAGUGGCCACCGUGUGGUGUCUACUGCUCUGCAGCCACUUGAGGGUGGGACAUUUCUGUACUUCCCAAUUUGCUUAUGGCCAUGGCCCAGCCAUUCCCCAUGUCAACCUGACUCCACUGUAAUGAUUUCAAGAGUAAAUAAAGCUGCCUGAUGUCCCACCA